AUGAGACUAACGGCAUUGCUGGUGUUGGCGGUGCUCGCACUUUUUGCUGGUGGUGCACAGUCGGCUCCGAGUCCUAACUCUGGAUUCGACAUAGAGGGGCUGCAGAAAGUAUUAACAAAAUUUGAAGAGGGCUUGCAGGCGAUGAAAACUAUGGUGAUAAACAGCUACGAAUUGUACCAAUUUUUCACCCAGAAGAACAAAAAAGUUCCAGAAAAUGAAAAUUUUAAUAAUAGGAAUUUUAGGAAGUUCAACUAA